GUUCAGUCACUUCUAGGAUGCGGUCCGGAUCGGUUCAGAUUUAGCUUCGCUCUCGAAAACAAUAAUGUUGGUACUUCCACGGAAAAAGUAGUUCCAAUGCAUUGCGGUGCAUCCGGAUGAUGUGAUUCAGAAAUUGUGUUCAAUACCGUGCAUAGCCUGCUUUUCAAAUCGAGGUCUGACCGAAUCGAUCGGAAGUGGUUUGGUCGUGUCAAUGUCAGACCAAAAUGUUGCGUUCAACAAACUGUCAAUUUUUUGAAGGAAGUAUUUAGGCCACAUUGACGAGUUCCUUGACCGUAGUGCUUCGGAAACUGAUCGAAUAAUUCCAAGUUAUCGAUUACGUAGUUACUAGUGACUGUAAACUGAAGUAACUAAACAAUGUUACCUCGUCGGGAUAAUCUGAUCAAUAAAUCGGCCAAACUAGCGCAUCGUAAAAAAUCCUCUAGUGAAGAUGAAUCCAGCGAAGAGGGAUCUUCUAGUUCUGGAUCAACGGAUGGGUCCGACUCGAGUUCGGACUCCAACUCGGAAAUGGAUACCACCGAAACGUCGUUCUCGUCUAAAAGUGCCACCGAGUGCGUUGGUAGUAGCAAGCAGCAGGGAUUACUUAAGGUUAACCAUCGAUCCUACACGGUGUACUGUGAUACGGCGAAGAAUUCCAAAAACUUCUGCCAUAGCAGCGUUGCUGAACCCUUGGAGGAUACGAAGAAAGAUCCUAAUCAUAAUAGAAAAACUCGCGCCAGAAACGAGCAUGUUGUACAUAGAAACAAGAAAUCGAAACGAAUACCGCCAAUCAGUAUUUGCAUAUUAAAUAGUCGAUAUGAAAUCAUCCCACGGAUAUGCCGCAGGCUCGGUUAUCGACUGGUUGCCGAGAACGAGUUGUGGAAUGUUUGCUGGACGGAUUCGCUUGUUGGGGUCGACUUCUGUCGGGACAUGAGGCGGUUCCAGAAAAUCAAUCACUUCCCGGGAAUGUUCGAAAUAUGCCGGAAGGAUCUGCUGGCGCGGAACCUCAACCGGAUGCAGAAGCUGUUUCCUACCGAGUACCAGAUCUUCCCGAAGACAUGGGUCUUUCCGGCUGAUUUGGGUGAAGCCAUUGCCUACAGCAGAACGCAUCGAAGCAAAACGUACAUUUUAAAACCGGACCAGGGAUCACAGGGACGGGGGAUAUUUCUGACGAAAAAUCUAAAGGAGAUCAAUCCACGGGAUAGGAUGAUUUGUCAAGUCUAUGUUCAUCGGCCUUUGUUGAUCGAUGGUUACAAAUUCGAUCUUAGAGUGUAUACACUUGUGACAUCGACUGACCCUCUUAGGAUAUUCGUUUACAAAGAAGGCCUAGCUCGGUUUGCAACGUACAAAUACAGGGAACCUUGUAUCACAAAUACUUCCAAUAAUUUCAUGCAUUUAACAAAUUACUCGGUAAACAAGUAUAGUAGAUGCUUCUCCAACGAUGAUGAGGCCGGCAGUAAACGAAGAUUUGCAACGCUGAACCGCAUUCUAACGUCGGAGGGGUAUGAUAUUGCAGAAUUGUGGAACAACAUAGAUGAUGUGAUAGUCAAAACUAUUCUAAGUUCCUGGCAAGUACUUAGGCAUACAUAUCAAGCAAGUUUUCCAACGCACGAUAUAAUACAGGCUUGCUUUGAGAUUCUUGGUUUCGACAUUCUCAUUGAUCAUAGAUUGAAACCAUAUAUCCUGGAGGUGAAUCACUCUCCUUCGUUUCAUACGGACGAAGCGAUAGAUAAAGAAAUUAAAGAAGCCCUUAUCCACGACACGUUUGUGAUGCUGAACUUAAAUGGCGAAGUUAAGAAACGUGUCCUGGAAGAAGACAAACGCAGGAUCCAAAAUAGGUUGCUGCAAAGACUGCGCGAAUACUCCAAGAGCAAAGAGGUCAGCAAAGAAAGCAGUAGCGAUAGCAAGAACGGUGACGAAGAUGAUCCCAAUUCUGAAGAACGGUUAGGACCAUGGGCAGAUCAAAUUACCUGGGAAGAAACUCAUCUAGGAGGAUUCCGACGAAUACUGCCAGUUCCAGGGGAUCCUGAUCGAUACGCACACAUCUUUCUAGCGCAAACGCAAGCAUCGGUGUACAACGAAACGGCAGCGAGCAAGAAACGUGAGGAGUGUGCCAAACAACAAAGGAUCGAACUGGAAGAACGCUACAAACACAAUCAAGCAAUGCUCAACAAGCACAAUCCAAAGGGACAUCAGCUAGCCGGAAAGGGAUUAUGCUCUAGCGAGGACGGUGCACUAGUAGUGAAAAAGAAAAAGAAGGUUAAACCGAAAGUGGUCAAAAAGAAGGAUAACUACAGCCCGGACAUUAUCAUCGACUUUGAAGAGCGUGAAAGGAUGGCUCUGUUAGCACAACGAGACUUCUUCAUCAGGACGUGUGGGUUGGUGCAAAACAUCUAUCUUAACUUCAAUCGGAACAAACUGCUAACUCUAUCCGAUCAACGUAAGUACAAAGAAGUGUUCUCUAAGCUGGUGGCAAAUGACCUACUUCAACAAGACCUCAGCAGCCAACAAUCGACGCAGUCCGGAGCCACCACCUGUCUUCCGGUGCUUACAAACCACUACGGUAGCGGAACUGCACAUACGACAAGCCAAAAACUACACCUCAAAAGUUUAGUGACGAUCAGCGACACAACGUCUUGGAUGCAGUGCAGCGAAGUAGCCCAACCCAGCAGACCGCCUCUGCCUUACCUCCUGGCAUCGCAACCGACCAACUACCGAAGCACCAAGUCCACCAUAGCACGGCAGGUCACCAAUGUGGUCAAGCGGCACAACAUGGACACUAGGCAGCUGUACUCGGCCUCCGACAAAGUUAUCUAGUAUUGAGUUUGGGCGGAUAAUUCAGUACUGGUUAUCUGCUCAAUCAAGCGGUUACUCCAAAUCAGUUGUGCCUUCUUGCAGCCAUUAAUGGCCGUUCAGUGCAAAUAACGUGUUCUUCGGUUGAGCAAUGAUGUAACGAUUACGUUUCAGAGAUGUUUAUUCAAAAUCUGCCCAAGUUUAAAUUCAUCAGUAAUAAAUACUAUU